UGCGUUAUUAAUUCUUGCGGGUCGUUACGUCUCCCCUCUUUUGAGUUUCGGAGUUGGACGAAAGGGUGUCGACGGAACAAGGAUCGAGAGAGGCGGAAGGCGAACGGCGGGACGAUGGCGCCGGUGCCGGCAAGCGUGGCAAGGCAGGCGGAGCUCCUGAAGCAAGACGGCAACAGCUACUUCAAGAAGGAACGCCUCGGCGCCGCCAUCGACGCCUACACCGAGGCUAUUACCUUGUGCCCUAAUGUGGCGGUUUAUUGGACGAACCGAGCGCUAUGCUACCGGAAGCGGAAUGAGUGGAAUAAGGUUGAAGAGGACUGUAAAAGAGCUCUUCAGCUGGAUAGUCAUUCGGUUAAGGCACACUAUAUGUUGGGGCUUGCGUUGUUGGAGUGGCAAGAUUUUGCUGGGGGAAUCAAGGAAUUGGAGAAGGCACUGGAACUUGGAAGGGGUGCAAAUCCUGCGAGCUACAUGGUCGAGGAGAUCUGGCAGAUUCUUGCCAAAGCAAAGUAUAUGGAAUGGGAGGAUUCGUCUAGCAAGCGGGCAUCAAGACUGCAGAAAUUGAAGGAAGCAUGUGAAAGAUCUCUUAUACAUUAUUAUGCAAUUGAGGACUCUCAAGUGGAAAAUAUCUCUGAAGAAAUUGCAAAUGGACACUUGCAACAGUUGGGACAUCUUGAAGAGGUAUUUAACAAAGCUGCACAGGCUGACCAACCUACAGAGGUGCCUGAUUUCCUAUGCUGUAAAAUUACACUUGAUAUAUUCCGGGAUCCCGUGAUCACUCCAAGUGGCAUUACCUACGAGAGGGCUGUGCUUCUUGAUCAUCUUCAGAAGGCCCUAAGGGACCAUAAGAGGUUUCGGGGAGGCUGACUUUUGCGGACGGACAUGCAAGGGUGUCGUACGACUUAGGCAAAACCAGCUAAAUGCGUGACAUAUGGUAUCAGAGCGGGACAAGCACUCAUAGAAACACUUGGCAUGCAAACGUGGGGGACCUAGCGAGGCUGCGUUGAGGGCAGCCAGCACGCACAACCGUUUGGGGGAAAACACGCAUGGAGAUGUAGGGAAAAAGAGUCGCUCACAGGAGCGGGCAUCUAAGAUUGACAUUCAGAGGAAUAGCCAAUCCUUCGCGCAAGAGGCAUCACGAGGACAAGCAAGCCGGGAAGAAUGCGUAGCGCACAAAGGUUGGGAUGACUGAGUUUGUGCUACGGCUCAACGCUGGCAACCAUACUUGAUGGUGCUCAAGGCAAGCAAGACACUUGGUAAAGGAUGAGACCAUGCAAGGUGGAAUGGGUUGUUUAGCGAGGGACCAUGCAGCAUGACAGAUUAAAAGUUUGUCGGCAGACACGUAAGGGUGCUGCUGUAUGACUUAAGCAAAAUCAGCUAAGUCCAUUAACAGCACAUACGAGUUCAUACAAUGGUCAUGCUUGUUUCACGGUUGUGUCCAUGUUUUGUACCAUGUAGGACAUAAAAUAAUAAACUAAAGUUUGGCUUUACAAUAAUGUAGCAGUUGAUUUCCUAGAGGCAACUGAAGGACCAUAAGCAAU